GUCCUCAACCAAUCAAUUGCAAGCAAUUUCUCCAUCACAGAAGUCACCAAUGGGCUCCGCCAAGCUCAUUGCUGUAGUCCUCCUCCCGGCCCUUCUGGCCUUCCAAGCUCCAAUGGCCACGGCAGUAAACUCCAACCUCUUCCGGGACUACAUCGGCGCCAUCUUCAACGGCGUGAAGUUCACCGACGUGCCAAUCAAUCCGAAAGUCCGGUUCGACUUCAUCCUCGCCUUCAUCAUCGACUACACCACCGAGACGAACCCGCCGACCCCGACCAACGGCAAGUUCAACAUCUUCUGGCAGAACACGGUGCUCACCCCGUCGGCCGUCGCGUCGAUCAAGCAGAGCAACCCCAACGUGAGGGUGGCCGUCAGCAUGGGCGGCGCCACCGUGAACGACCGCCCGGUCUUCUUCAACAUCACCUCCGUCGACUCGUGGGUAAACAACGCUGUCGAGUCCCUCACCGGCAUCAUCCAGGACAACAACCUGGACGGCAUCGACAUCGACUACGAGCAGUUCCAGGUCGACCCGGACACCUUCACCGAGUGCGUCGGCCGCCUCAUCACGGUGCUCAAGGCCAAGGGGGUGAUCAAGUUCGCCUCCAUCGCGCCCUUCGGCAACGCCGAGGUCCAGCGCCAUUACAUGGCGCUGUGGGCCAAGUACGGCGCCGUGAUCGACUACAUCAACUUCCAGUUCUACGCCUACGGCGCCAGCACGACGGAGGCGCAGUACGUCGACUUCUUCAACCAGCAGAUCGUCAACUACCCCGGAGGGAACAUCCUUGCGAGCUUCACGACGGCGGCGACGACGACCUCGGUGCCCGUCGAGACGGCGCUGAGCGCUUGCCGGACUCUGCAGAAGGAGGGGAAGCUGUACGGCAUCUUCAUCUGGGCUGCUGAUCAUUCCAGGAGCCAAGGGUUCAAGUAUGAGACAGAAUCGCAAGCACUUCUGGCUAAUGCCACCAUCAGUUACUAGCUAGUAGCUAGUUUUGUUUGCUGCAUUAUUGUUUCACAUUUUUAAACAAAGAUCACAAGAGCUGUACUAUGAAAAUAAGCAACUCAAAUUUGAAAUACGAAUUUGAAUUAGCAUCUAGUAUAUAUCUAGCCGUGCAUCAUUCCAGCUGGAAUUUAAGAUAAAACCCCAACCGUGUUAUACGUACAGACAUGCUUAUGUUGUGUAUGUCAUUAUUGGAUUGUUCCUGUUUUGUUGAA